CCCUCGCUUCCUUUUUUCCCACACGUUGCGGCGCCUCCUCCCACCCCACCUCGCUCUCACUUACGCCUCCCUCGCGCUAGGGUUUCUCUGGGUUUUUAGCCCCGCGCCGCCACGCCGCCGCCGGUCGUCUCCAUGGCGCCCGCCGUCGCUCCCGCCGCCGACCAGGCUACGGAUUUGGUGCACAAGCUGACCCUGGAUACCAAGAGCGAAGCUGGCGAGGGCAAAGAGGUGAAGAAGAAGGUCUCGGCCACCCUGAACGGUUUGGUGGCAUCUCCAAACUCUCAGGUGGGGUCAGCUGAGCAGUGGGCAAAUAUUGCGCCGCAGGACUACAAGGACGGCGCCAUGUAUUAUGGUGCGGGUGCAUACCCUUAUUAUUAUGGAGGCUGGGGGGACUAUUCUGUGUAUGUGAGCCAGGAUGGAACAGAGUCAUAUGCCCCUAGUGCUUAUGGGGACAUGUAUUGCUAUCCUCAAUAUGGUCAUGAUGGCCAGAAUUACGGAUCUCAGCAUUACCAGUACCCAUCCACUUACAACCAGCCACACACUGCUGCCAGUAAGCCAGCAUACAAGUCUAAGACUGGCAAAUCAGGUCCUUCACCACAGCAGGAUCUUUCUGCUGUUGCAGCGGCCGAUCAGCAGUCUGGGUCGCUGGAUGCUUCCAAAGCCAAUUCAAUCAGCACUGAUGGUGUAAAAGGUCUGAAGAAAGUGACACCCUCUCUGAAACCAACUGGGCGUGUGUCUAGUUACCAGAACCAUGGUGGUAACACAGCUUAUCCAUGGUCUAGCGGUAAUACAUUUUCAGAAAAGCAGCAGAAACUCUCUGGUGGCAAUCCUACCUCAGCUGCUUAUAAUCCUAAAACCAAGGGGUUGCUUCAGCAUAACUCGCCAGUGGAUCCUGGGUACAUGAGUUCGAUGUACUCAAGUUACAAUGGAAAUGCAUAUGGACCUGGCCUUUGGUAUGCAUCACACCUCUAUGGAUCCCCACUGUAUGGUGGUUGGAAUCCGCUGUCAGAUGGGAAGUACAAGCCCAGAGGAAAAACCUAUGGAUCAGGGAUGUAUGGGUUUGGCAACGAAAACCUGGAGGGCUUUAAUGAACUGAAGAGAGGACCAAGAAGUGGUCUCUUCAAGAAUGAACAGGGCUUGGGAGCAACUGCUGUGGCAGCUCCAAAAGGGCAGGAGCUUCCUGCAAGUGAUGGCUCCAAUGCACUUGUGCAGGAUCAGUACAAUAAGGCUGACUUUGUUGAAACUUACUCAGAUGCCAAGUUUUUUGUUAUAAAAUCAUACAGUGAGGAUGACGUUCACAAGAGCAUCAAGUACAAUGUUUGGGCAAGCACCCCCAACGGAAAUAAAAAGCUUGACUCUGCUUAUCAAGCUGCAAACAACGAAUCAAGCAAGUCACCUGUAUUCCUGUUCUUCUCUGUCAACACCAGCGGUCAGUUUGUUGGACUUGCUGAAAUGGUUGGUCCUGUUGAUUUUAACAAAACAGUUGAAUACUGGCAGCAAGACAAGUGGACUGGUUGUUUCCCUGUCAAGUGGCACAUUGUAAAGGACAUUCCUAACAAUUUAUUGAAGCACAUUAUUCUUGAGUAUAACGAAAACAAACCAGUGACAAACAGCAGAGAUACCCAAGAGGUUAAGCUUGAGCAAGGCCUUCAGGUGCUAAAGAUUUUCAAGGAUCAUGUCUGCAAGACAUCCAUGUUAGAUGAUUUUGGAUUUUAUGAUAAUCGUGAGAAGAUUGUGCAAGAGAAAAAAGCCAAGCGACAGCAUCCGCUGGAGAAGAUCAUGAACAAAGAGCUGCUUACUACCAACACUGGAAGUCAAGAAGUUGACGGAAAGCUGGGACUGCAGGAACUUAAGGUUGUAGGUGAGCAAAAUGCUGUGGUGGAAAAUGGUGUGAUGGCUGUAGCUGAAAAAAGUGUUGCCCUGAUAGACGCAAACCCUACAGCAGUUGCAAAUGCCUGUUAAUUUUGGCUGCUUCCAUGCUAGGAGACAGCUUAUACAGGGUGCAGAAAGCUGCUGCGAUUGAAGGCAUUCAAGAUUCUGCUAGUUCAAUAUGCUUGUAGGUUGCAGAAAGGUGCAAGUUUAAGGCAAUUCAGGAUCCGGUUAGAGGCUUCUUUUGGUUCUGUUAGUAUUUUCACUUUUGUUUGAGUAUGGUGGUUUGGCUGGGUAGGAGAUAGAGCUCAGUUCUUGAUUCAGCGAGAUGGUUUUGUGUUUCCAAAUGACAUUAGGAAUUGUACCUAGGAGUGAGUUCUGUAAGGCUAUUGCAACCAAGGAUAAUGAUUUGUGGUGCAUCUUUUAUUUUCAAAGUGAAUUCUAGCAGUUUAAUAUUCUUUUU